CGUAGCAACCAGUAAAAAUACGAAAACAAAAUACAACGUGUUUUUCAUUUAUCCGAGGAAAUGUUGAAGUUAUUCUUAGGCUGUGGCGGAAACCAGGAGAACCAGUAGAAAACGGAUAAUGUCGGAGGCGGAGGAAUCGCCGUGACGACGACCGAUCACAUGGAUCUGCAGGCCUUGCCGGAAGGGUGCAUAGCCACCGUUGUCUCGCUGACCACGCCUCGAGACGCAGGCACGUUGUCGUCGGUUUCGAGGAGUUUCAGGUCGGCAGCGGAAUCCGACACCGUCUGGGACAGGUUCCUUCCACCCGAUAUCCACACGAUCCUGUCCUCCUCGUCACCCUCCAUGUCCGUACAUCCGCCGCAUGUGUCUCCCUCCUCCGCUUCCAAAACCAAGAAGGAGCUUUACCUCGCUCUAUGCGACAACCCUGUUCUCAUCGAACAGGGAAAGUUGAGCUUUUCACUGGACAGAUGGAGCGGGAAGAAAUGCUAUAUGAUUGCUGCAAGGGCACUUUCGAUCGUUUGGGGCGACACUCCUCAAUACUGGGAAUGGAUUUCUCUCCCCGACUCGAGGUUUGAGGAGGUGGCAAAGCUUAUGUGUGUGUGUUGGCUUGAAAUCCGUGGCAAAAUUGAGACACGGAUGCUGUCCCCGGCCACCCUUUAUAAAGCUUAUCUUGUAUUCAAGCCAACUACAGGGGCUUAUGGAUUUGACCAACAACCUGUGGAGGUCACAGUCGGUUUAAUUGGGGAGGAGCCCACGAAAAACGAGGUGUUUUUGAACGCUCAGAGAGGCCUUGGUUCCCAAGGCCCCAGCUUUCCCUUGGCCGGGCCUCUGCGUAUUAGCGUCUUCAACCGGAGAUACAUUGUGGGAGUCCAAGAUUUUCAGCUCAGAGAGAUCAAGGUCAAUGAGGCCCAGUACCCGAAAGAGCGCAACGACGGGUGGCUGGAGAUAGAGAUGGGGGUGUUCUUCUGUGAGGGGGGUGAAGGUGGAGAGUUGGAGAUGGCUUGCUUAGAGGUUAGGCGUAUAAACUGGAAGGGUGGCCUCUUGUUUCAAGGGAUUGAAAUCAGGCCCAAAAGGAUGUAGAUAUCAAGUGGCAGUAGAUAUUAUCGUCUCUGUAAUUUCAAAAAUAUUAUUGAGUUUGUAAUUUAGAACCAAAAAGGUAUUUUCCUUGUUGGUUUUUAAAAGUUUAGGGGGGAGGCGGCUACCUCAACCUGCAAGGCUACAAUCAUAACAUCAUGACCGUAGCCUCGUAUAUCACUUAUGAAUGAGGUUUUUGAUUUUUACAGAUCACUUACUAUGAUUAUAACAUACUACUAUCAUGAUCGUAGUCAAUUGCUUCAUUACUGUAAUAUUUGUGUUCGGUGUCAUAGAAAUAUAAAACUAUCGGUUUCAUGGAAAA